AUGAUAGUUGAGUUCAAAGGAUUCCAUUCCAUAAAGAAAGAUAGAUUCAGAAAUGGGUCCAAAGUGGCAUUCAAAUUAGACAUGGCCAAGGCCUAUGAUAAGGUGGAAUGGGUGUUUAUUGAAGAGUUCAUGAGGAAGUUGAGAUACAAUGAGAGAUGGAUAAGGAAAAUUAUGAGGUGUGUGGAAUUAGUGAGAUUUUCGUUUCUGGUGAAUGGAGAGGUGAUGGGUGAGGUUUGCCCUGGGAGAGGAUUGAGGCAAGGGGAUCCUCUUUUGCCUUUCCUUGUACUUUUUUGUACAGAGGCUUUGUCUUGUUUGAUUCAAAGAUUGGAAGAUAUGGGAAAGAUUCAUGGGAUCACCUUUGGAAGAAAUAAGCUAUGUGUCUCUCACAUGUUCUUUGAAGAUGAUAGCCUUAUAUUUUUUGAAGCAAAUAAGUUGGAAUGCCUAGAGUGCAAACGAAUUCUCCAUAUUUAUUCCUUGGCUUCAGGGAAAUUGGUUAACUUUUCCAAGUCUGAAAUGGCCUUUGGAAAGAAUGUGCCAAGGAAUGAUCGAACUUCUCUGGCUAGUGUGCUAGGUGUGAAAGUGGUAGAGAAUUUUGGCAAGUAUCUGGCAUUUCCAUCGUGUCUAGGAAGAAGAGAAAAAGAAAUGUUGAGUGCCAUCAAAGACAAAGUGUGGAACAGACUAAAAGGUUGGAAAGCCCCUCUUUUCUCUACUGCGAGUAGAGAGAUCCUCAUCAAGGCUAUCAUUCAGGCUAUCCCAACUUGCUCGAUGAGUUACUUCAAGUUCCUGAAAAACCUCAUUAGUGAUUUCCAUCGAAUGGCAGCUAGAUUUUGGUGGGGAUCGUCUAAGAAAAAAAGGAAGAUUCACUGGUGCAAAUGGACUAAAUUAUGCAUCUCCAAGGAAUGGGGGGUUUGGGUUUUAGGGACCUUAGCUCCUUCAAUCAAGCUUUGCUUGCUAAACAGGUUUGGAGGUUGA